GUUAACUAAACAGAAGUACAAACAAUAACUGUUGGGAGAUGAGCACUUUCACUUUCUACCUGAGGGGGUAGAUCACAUAUGCAGUUGCACCAGGGGUGUUAGCUAUAUAAUGAUAGUGAAUGAUUCACCAGCCUUGGGGCUAAAGUGCAUGCAGUUAGGGUAGAACCUACAUGAGAGGGUCCUCUCUGGCACCCACCCUGGCACCCACCCUGGCAAACAUCUGUCCUGCAGGGAAUUGGGGGGCUGCUAAACUGAUCCACGUGCCCAACAUGCUCAGUUUGGGGUUUCUCUGCCUUUUCCUGCUGCACCAAUCAGUAGGUGCCACCUUGCAACUUGCUGCUCCUCCAUCUCGCCAGGUUCUGGUUGGAUCUCACGUACUUCUCCCCUGCAUGAUCUCAGUUGACAAUGCUUCUCUGGACCUGAAUUACCUUGCGGUGAUCUGGUUCUUCCAAAACAAAGAAAUCUUGAGAUUUGAUAACAAAGGCUUCAUUUCCACAUCGAGGAGAUCAUUUAACCAGCAGGAAGUCGACAAUGGCAACUUCUCUUUGGGUUUAUCCAAUGUGAGGAUCUCCGAUGAAGGGGUCUACACAUGUGUGGUGGUCUAUAGUCCUGAGAGAGAAGACAGGGAGAUCAGGCUGAUUGUUCUAGACCCCCCCGCAAUCACAAUAACUCAGAAACAAAGAAAUGCUUUAUCCUGCUCAGCUACCGGUUUCUACCCCAAGGAGAUUAACAUAACCUGGAUAAGCGGUGGGGAAGUCCUCAGUGACCAUGUUUUGGAGAAACCCCAGCAAGGCCCAGAUGGGACCUACAGUGUGAGCAGUACCCUGACUGUCCCUUGGGCAAGUGGGAACAAGACCUUCUCCUGCAGAGUCCAGCACCCAUCCCACCCACAGGCUCCUCAGAUAGAUUUUCUACUGGAAUUCACAGAGACAAACCCUGCCGUUAUUGUGGUGAGUGUGAUUGUACCUCUUCUGGGAAUCGCUGCUGUGAUAUUCAUUAUCUGGAAACACAAGAGAAAAUCCACAUUCUCACUGAAACCCAUUGUGGGACCGAAUACACUGACUAUUGGAGAGGAGACCAAGCUGCAGUGCAUUGGGACCAACUGCCCUAGUGAUGUGCAGGUCACAUGGUCAGUGAGGGGAGGAAGUGACGGGGAGAUUGUGCUGCACCAAUCAGGAGAGGACAAGGCCACAGAGUCCCUGCUGAGUCCGUACAUGGUACAUUCCGAGACGGAGGGAAAUAACCACAUAACGACUCUGACUUUCACGCUGGAUAAACACACGGGUGCAACGUUUGGCUGCAAAUUUGUCGGUGGCGGGAAAGUCAAAGAGAAACAUUUUCACACCAAAACCAUCCAAGUGAAGCCCAAGGUGCCGGAGCCAAUAAAUAUCACAUUCCAGGGAUCCCACAAUCUGGACCUGACCCUAAAGCUGCAGAGAUUUUACCCCAAAGACAUCAGGAUAAAGUGGGGGUGCAGAGAGGGGACCCAACAACCUGCCCGGGAGGAAUGGAGAGAGAACUCGGAUCUAACGUGGGACCUCACAAGUGUUUAUAGUGUCCCAAGGGAUCUGUUUAAGGAUCCAGCCUUCAGGGUGCGAGUGACCUGGAAACAUGGGUCCCUGGGUGGCCCCCAAUCCAGAGAAGUGUCCGUGGCAGAUUUCCCCUGGCGCCCCCAAGUGGAGGAUAUGAAACUCCCACAAACACUGAGAGAGAAAGAGGAGGCCACGCUGAGCUGCAGGAUAUUUGGUUAUUACCCCGAUGAUCUCACCGUGCAGUGGUUUAGGCUGGAGAAAGGGGGCAAGAAGGAGUCUCCGCUGGAUCCAGAAACCUACAGGGUCUCAUGUAGUAAAUCCCAGGAGCAGGGGGAUAAGACUUUUGCCUGUGAGACCAGCGUGACUUUUACUCCCACAGUUAAAUCAGAUAAUUUGGCAGAAUUUAUCUGUAGGGUGGGGCAUCCCACUCAGGGAGUAGAGAAGUGCUCAGGGCAGUUACAUGUAUAUAAAUCUCAAGGGAAGUAAAUCAAUGACCUCCAAUUACCACUGUGCUGCGGGGGUAGAAAUUAGGGGCCCAUUCUCCCACCCCAUUGUUACCCUGUUAGGCGGCGCCCGGGGGUACAGACACUAUGGGGAAUAUUCAGCAGAAUGAAGGAGUCGCCCACAUUCCCAGGGAAACCCACGGGGGGCGCAGAGAGUGGGGGGGCUGCACUAAUGGGUUUCUGCUUUAUUCAGUAUCAGUAUCAGUGUAGGAAAACAUUAGGUUUUGCCCAUAGUGACCCAUUCGCCGGUGGGAAAAGAACUAUUAUUACAUUGCAAAAUUAACUUUUUUCCUGUGCAUUAAAAUAAUACAGAAUAAAACAGAAUGCCUGCCAACAUUUUGCACAUUUUCCCCCUCAAAGUCUGCUCCUCCCUAGUUACGGUGGGUUCUGCCCUAGUUCUGCCCCGUGCCCCAGGGCUGCCAUUCCCAGAACCACACGGCGCCGUAUCUCGGGCUGAGAGUGAAUCCCACGUGGGGCGCAGGGGGUUCCCUGUUAGUUUGUGCCAUUCAGUGCCAACGUGGGGGUAAAUGCCCUCAGUCUGACUGCCCAUCACCUUCCUUGUCUCCCCCAACAGCCUUUGUAACAUGGAGCCAGUAGGGGGGGCAGCUCAGGGCCACUGGUAUCAGUAACAGUAAUAAUGAGAAUACAGUGUAUGGGGCAGCGUGGGGCAAAUAUUUCUAUUGGGAGUGAAUAAUUAAUACUGUGCCCCCCCCCUGUCCCCUACCAACCGGCUCCUAGGGAACCUGCAAUGGGCUGGGGGAGGGGAGGUCCGGCUGCUGGGGGGGGGGGAGGAAUUGAAUUCCUUUAUACUCUCCUUCAUAAAGGGACUUGUACUUUCUACCUAUUGUUUUGCUGAAUAAAUAUUUGUUUUUCAUUAAUAAAGAAAAAACUGAAUGUUUAA